CCACUUCAGCACCAGGCAGGAGAAAAGUCAGCUCGAGAUUGGGAAUCCAGGACCACGGACAAAUCCUUCAUAAGAGGACGGCACCCCUCAGCGUCACACGUUGUCUGAAAUACAGAAACACUCACCGCUGUCGGCCGUCCAACAAUUCCCUUGUUCAGGAGUGAGGGAUACGAAUAAGAACGUCGUCACCAUGUACGAUGGGGCGAGGGUGCCUUCCCCCCAGGACAUUGUUAACGGUGUGCUUCCUACGGCCGUGGCCAUGGCAGGAACAGGAGCCGGGGAGGGCGGGUCAGUGUCGGUACCUGCCCCGGCUGUGGGGCCCAAGCCAGAAGAAGAGGUGGUUCCAGAGGAGGAGCCUAGCCCGGAGCCUGUCCUAGUGAAGAAGGCCCACAGGGAGAUCCUAGACCAUGACAGAAAGAGGAGGGUGGAGCUGAAAUGCAUGGAGCUCCAGGAGAUGAUGGAGGAACAGGGGUACUCUGAGGAGGAGAUCAGGCAGAAGGUCGGCACCUUCAGACAGAUGCUGAUGGAGAAAGAAGGAGUGAUCACCAGAGAGAGAGCACACACUGACCCAACGGUCAAGGUCCAUGGUGAGGUGCAGACAGACCCAGCUGAAGGUUACCAUGAGGACGGCGAAUGGCACGGAGAUAAAGACGGCUAUAGAAUAAAGAGGAACUCUAGCAGCUCUUCAUCUCCUGGACCAAAGAAGAGGAAGAAGAAGAAACGUGCAGUCAGAAGGAGUCGGUUUGACAGCUCAUCUCCCUCCCGCAGAGAGAAGAAGAAGAAGAGUGGGAAAAAACACAAGCGAGACAGGUCGACGUCUGGUCAUAGGAGAAAGAGGAGAUACAGAUCGGGUAGCCCGAAGAACAAACAGAAAGACAAAACCAGAAAGAGGUCCCCAUUAGAGUCCCCCAGUAGGACGUCUCAGCGUAGAGGCAGCUGCUGUAGCUCCCACAGUGCAUCACUCUCCUCCACAGGCCACAGCCCCUCCAAGUCCCUCGGCAGGCCCAAGUCCAAGCACAAGACAGAAGGACACAAGGCCUGUGUGAGCCCGUCCCCGUCUCCGUCCCCCGGUCCUGACGGUCCUGACGGUCCUGUCACGUGGCAAAACGGGCACCACCACCGCGACCGUGGCUGCAACGGCAAGGCAGGCAGACUCAACCACAGCCACGCGGUCGAGGGAGACAAGGAGCAAGAUAAGCUGAGAAUGCUGACUGCUGUUUCUCCGGGAGCCCAGUCGACCACGAUACUGCCACAACUGAGAGGAGGAGAGAACAAGGCCCACACUGCCCUCUACAGGGCCCCAGGAAGUACUGCUGCCCAGGCUGGAGAGGCCUUACAUGGGGAGGACAGGCAGACGACGGACCUGGGGUCGUCAGGGAGAUGGGGAGGUCACAGAGGUCACAGAGUCCAGGGGAAGCGCUCCCAUUCACCGACUCACAGCAGUGACUCCGCCCACUCUCAACAUAACCUGCAUCCUCACAGAGAAAAGAGCUCUCACCAGAAGAAGACUAAAAGAUCCCACUCUUCCAAGCGUCACCGCCGUGGGGGUCGGGGACAGGCCCAUCACCAGAGGCUGUCUGCAUCCCCAGGGCGGCACCACCAUGCGUCUGGGUCAGGCACCAAGAAGAGUGAGUCUCGGGGGCGGGGCGGUGUCGGUGUCCGGCAGCGCAGCAGCUCCUGGAGCUCAGGACGGUCCUCAUCAUGCUCUGUCUCCAGAGAGAGAGGCCCCAGCAAGGUCAAGUCCCUCCACGUCCAUGCCAGACAGAACAAUUCCAGUUUUUCCGCUAAGGACAGAGAUAGUCCUCACCACUCUGACGCUGACCGUGCUCACCGUCGUUCCAGGAGCUACUCUCCCAUCAGGAAGAGGAGACGAGACUCUCCCAGCUUCAUGGAGGCUCGCAGGAUCACCAGCGCUCGGAAGCGGCCUAUCCCGUACUACCGCCCCAGCCCUUCCUCCUCCAGUUCCAUGUCAAGCCCCUCCCAUUCAGGGAGGAGUCGCAGCCGCAGCUACAGCUGCAGUCACAGCCGCACCAGGAGCCACAGCCGCUCACGCAGCCCCAGGAGCCACAGCCGCUCACGCAGCCCCAGGAGCCACAGCAACUACAGUCGCAGCAGCUAUGAAAGCCCCGGCUUCUGAUGAGAGAGAGACAGAGAGAGGGAGAGUUGGGGGGGGGGGGGGGGGGAGAUAGAUGGGGGAGAACAGCAGGAGAGAUUGAGGGAGAGAGAGGGGGAGGGAGAUAAAUCAUGUUAUGCGUCCCUGAUUGGUCCAAACACAGGGUCAGACCUUCUCUGUUUUUUAUACCAUCCUCAGUCUCCAUCUCUGUAUACCAGCAUUAACCAGAGCCUGGAUCUGAAAUAUCGAUUUGUCUUCACACAGGCACUUAUUUAAAAUAACAUUUUUCAGAUCAUGCUUUUAGAAAAUAAUUGAUAAAGAACAAUUCUGUAAGCACUUUCUCCAUAUGUUUCUGCAUAGCAAAAGUAAACCCCCCCAAAAAAAUGUUUGUCAAAGAAGAUGAAAAGAAGAGAUACAAGUGAAAGAAAGAAAUCAAAUCAAAUCAAACAGCACUGGGCAAUUCUUCCUCCAAUGUCAUUACGUAAUUUCCCCAAAGACACUUAUGCUUAGGAACCAGAGAGAUCAAAACAGAUGCGAUAAAGAACAAAAGAAAAGAUGGCUGACGAUUUAGCAUGCAGAAGGGAACUGAUAUAUCAGGAUGUAUAGAUGAUUCUAAACUGUAAGUUCUGGCUUGUAAACUAUGCACUGUAUAUUCUAUGUGAUUUUUUUUGGAAGAGGCUUGUUAUUUGAUGGUGACUUCGCAUGAUGAUGAAACAGAAAGGAGGAAGACUGCUGCUUGUACCAGAGAGCUGCCUGCCACUACAGGACUACAGGUCCCAGGGUGCAUCAGUCCCUGCCCCUGCCAUUACAGGACUACAGGUCCCAGGAUGCAUCUGUCCCUGCCCCUGCCACUACAGGACUACAGGUCCCAGGGUGCAUCUGUCCCUGCCCCUGCCACUACAUGACUACAGGUCCCAGGGUGCAUCAGUCCCUGCCCCUGCCACUACAGGACUACAGGUCCCAGGGUGCAUUUGUCCCUGCCCCUGCCUUUACAGGACUACAGGUCCCAGGGUGCAUCUGCCUCUGCUCCUUCCACUACAGGACUACAGGUCCCAGGGUGCAUCUGUCCCUGCCCCUGCCACUACAGGACUACAGGUCCCAGAGUGCAUCUGUCCCUGCCCCUGCCAUUACAGUACUACAGGUCCCAGGGUGCAUCUGCCCCUGCCACUACAGGACUACAGGUCCCAGAGUGCAUCUGUCCCUGCCCCUGCCAUUACAGGACUACAGGUCCCAGGGUGCAUCUGUCCCUGCCCCUGCCAUUACAGGACUACAGGUCCCAGGGUGGAUCUGCCCCUGCCACUACAGUACUACAGGUCCCAGGGUGCAUCUGUCCCUGCCCCUCCCAAUACAGUACUACAGGUCCCAGGGUGCAUCUGUCCCUGCCACUACAGUACUACAGGUCCCAGUGUGCAUCUGUCCCUGCCCCUCCCAAUACAGUACUACAGGUCCCAGGGUGCAUCUGUCCCUGCCCCCUAUUCUGACUUGGGGCACAUUCAGAUAGAAGUAUGCUAUGUAGAACAAACAUGGAUCUCUGAGAUGUAGAAUAAGGAAUCACGUCGGCCCUAUUUGUGGUAUUUCUAUCUGAUACGAUCGAGAACAUUUUGGUACCGAACAUGGCCCUGACAUUCCUGACCUGGAAUCACACACAGAGGAAGAAAAAAAAACAAGGGACAGAUGUUUGAUGUUAUCAUGUACUUUUUCCUCACUUCCUUAUUCCACUAUUUAUUAUGUCCAGACCUCUUGCUCAAUGACCAGUGACGUGAGGUCGCUCUGUAAAGAUGCUCUUUCUAAAGAUAUUUUCUGCAAAAGCAUCCAUGCGAUCAUGUGGGUCUAUCUUUUAUCCACAGCUAUUUGUUCAGUUAUUUAUUCCAAUUAUUUAUCUAUUUCUUAUGUUAUUUAUUUAUUCAUUUGAUUAUUUAUUUGUUUUUUUUUGUCUCAUCGAAUGUUUUUUUUUAAAACAAUUUGAAGAACCGUGUUGUUGAGAUCUUAAUAUUUAAUGGGAGAUAGAAUUGCUGCAUAUGUUCUCAUCUAUGAACAUACAGAACGUCAAUUGAUGUUUUAACCCAAAUCCUUUUUUUUUUUUGUCAUGAAACCUUCUGCUUCCUUUAAUAGCUUGUUGCUAUGGGGACCGGGUUUUCAAUCCCUUACCUGAUUGAUGUAUAAUGCUCUUACACAGGGUUACUUAGAGGGACUGUUACCUGACUGUCUGUCUCCUGGUGCAGGGGGUGCCUAGUUACAGUCUUAGAGGGACUGUUACCUGUCUGUCUGUCUCCUGGUGCAGGGGGUGCCUAGUUACAGUCUUAGAGGGACUGUUACCUGUCUGUCUGUCUCCUGGUGCAGGGGAUGCCUAGUUACAGUCUUAGAGGGACUGUUACCUGUCUGUCUGUCUCCUGGUGCAGGGGAUGCCUAGUUACAGUCUUAGAGGGGCUGCUACCUGUCUGUCUGUCUCCUGGUACAGGGGAUGCCUAGUUACAGUCUUAGAGUGGCUGUUACCUGUCUGUCUGUCUCCUGGUGCAGGGGAUGCCUAGUUACAGUCUUAGAGGGACUGUUACCUGUCUGUCUGUCUCCUGGUGCAGGGGACGCCUAGUUACAGUCUUAGGGGGACUGUUACCUGUCUGUCUGUCUCCUGGUGCAGGGCUCCAAAGCUCCACUUCUACCAACUCCUACUGUCAAACUCAUAAACCAGUCCUGGAUUGGCUCUCUGCAGACAAAGGUGUGUUGAUUGGGCGAGUUUGUGGUCGGUGUUACCAAUCACAUUGCCCCUGCUGUAUAAGGCUGAUCUAUCCCCUACACCCUGCUUUUAACCAGAGGUGUCCUGGUAACUGGCUCUGACCUGACAUGAGGUCAAAGACAGAGGGUCUGCUUGUUUUACAAGCCAGUGGGUCACCUAAACUAUGUAUGCGGCAAAUGCCCCAGCUAGCAAAACGCUGGCACCCAGACACAGGUAGUCCCACUAGAUGCCCAACAUGUUCCCUGUCUCUGUGCUGAUAGGUCCCCAGCUAGCACAUAACGUUCUGAAAACCAUAUGUUUCUUAGAGCUUGGUUAGAGAGUGAACGUCCUAUGUUUAUUUAGCAUACAACUGUCCCAUAACAUUUACUUCAGUUUUAUAACAUUCUUCUGUGGGAAUUUCAGUACUUCAGCAAAAAAUGUUGUCUACAGGUUUCUUCACGGUUCUAUUGAAAGUUAUGUUCUCAGAACGUUCAGAGAUAACGUUCUUCUGUGGGAAUUUCAGUACUUCAGCAAAAAAUGUUGUCUACAGGUUUCUUCGCGGUUCUAUUGAAAGUUAUGUUCUCAGAACGUUCAGAGAUAACGUUCUUCUGAGGGAAUUUCAGUACUUCAGCGUAACGUUUUCUACCGGUUUCUUCAUGGUUCUGUUUAAAGUCACGUUCACAGAACGUUCAGAGAACGUUAAGAAAUAACUAGGGUCUGUUUGUAAAGACUAAAAUGAACAGCUUUGCUUGAGGGUUUCUUUUUAACAUGGCAUGCUAGCUCCAUCUUGGUGGAGCUGUGGACUAUUUCCAUGGAUAGAGAACAGAAGAUCAUAGGUUUGAAUCUCAAAUGCCACAAUAAAAAAGGAAUGUGUUUGCAUGAUUAAUGCCCAGAAAAAUAAAUGUCCAUCUGUGCUGGGAGUUCAUAACAGUUAACCCAAACUAAACUAGCAGUGUUAUUAAAAGUCUUAUUGAAAAUAUGUUCUCAGAACGUUAUUUAAUUACCUUAAAAAUAUCCUUGAAUUUCCGUUCUCAGAAUGUUAAUAAAAAAAACUCCCAGGCUGGCUUUCAGGGGAACCUUGCAACCUAAAUAUUAACGUGCCCAGAACAGGCUAAGUUUUCACUUCUAUUCUCAGAAAGUAAUACAAAACGUUUUUUUUGUUUUUAACCGUCAGGAAUCUUAACUACUUAAAACGUACGUUCCCACAGCUUCCAAGGAACCAAAUGUGCUAGCUGGGACAGCUGCUGGUGAUGAUGCAACCAGAGACCCUGUCUUCCUUCCCAUUUGUCAAGCCUCCCGUCACUCAUGCAGUGUUACUUUCAUAAUCUAAACAUGUUUCGUUAUUAAGAGUACAAUGCUAAACCUUUGAAUUGUAUAAAAGUCACUUAGUUGUAGUUUACCAGUUAUUAUAUACAGGACAAUAAAUAUAAACCAAUGGAAAAUGA